AGAGAGAGAGAGAGAGAGAGAGAGAGGGGGCUCACGGGACAGGAGCACACCGGUCGGACUCGGAAGUCGCGAGGAUGGAGAUCCGUCCGGACCGUUUUAAGGCUCAGGCAGGAAAAACUUUGGGGAAAAUACACAGACUCCUCGAGAAACGGCAGCAGAAUGGUGAGACUAUCGAGCUGUCAGCGGAGGGUCGUCCGGAGCUGGUGGAGGAGAAGGAGCUUCCCAUCGUGGACUGCACAUGUUUCGGGUUGCCUCGUCGUUACAUCAUCGCCAUCCUGUCAGGCCUGGGCUUCUGCAUCUCGUUCGGCAUCCGCUGUAACCUGGGUGUGGCCAUCGUCAGCAUGGUCAACGACCACACGGUGUACUACGGAAAGAAACCUGUCAUAGUGGAGGCUCAGUUCACAUGGGACCCCGAGACAGUAGGGAUGAUACAUGGCUCAUUCUUCUGGGGUUACAUCGUCACACAAAUCCCCGGGGGAUUCAUAUGCCAAAGGUUUGCCGCAAACCGGGUGUUCGGCUUUGCCAUUGUGGCCACAUCGACACUGAAUAUGCUGAUCCCAGCAGCAGCAAGAGUUCACUAUGGGUGUGUUAUCAUGGUCAGGAUUUGCCAGGGGCUUGUGGAGGGCGUGUCAUAUCCUGCAUGUCACGGCAUCUGGGCCAAAUGGGCUCCGCCUCUUGAAAGAAGUCGAUUGGCAACAACAGCGUUCUGUGGUUCAUAUGCUGGAGCUGUUGUUGCAAUGCCUUUGGCUGGAGUCUUAGUCCAGUACACUGGAUGGUCCUCAGUGUUUUAUGUGUAUGGGACUGUUGGGAUAUUCUGGUAUCUUUUCUGGAUUUUAGUUUCCUAUGAGAGUCCAGCUGCUCAUCCAACCAUCUCACCAGAGGAGAGGAAGUACAUUGAGGAUGCCAUCGGGGAAACCACUGGCCUGGUCAACCCUCUGCAGAAAUUUAACACUCCCUGGCGGCACUUCUUUACCUCCAUGCCCGUGUAUGCCAUCAUUGUGGCCAACUUUUGCAGAAGUUGGACAUUCUACCUGCUCCUCAUCAGCCAGCCCGCUUACUUCGAGGAGGUGUUUGGCUUUGAAAUCAGCAAGGUGGGGAUGGUGUCUGCACUUCCUCAUUUAGUGAUGACCAUCAUUGUGCCAAUUGGAGGACAACUUGCCGACUACCUGAGAACACAUAAUUUAAUGACCACAACGAAUGUCCGAAAACUCAUGAACUGUGGAGGGUUUGGAAUGGAAGCCACUCUACUCUUGGUUGUUGGUUUCUCACAUACUAAAGCAAUAGCCAUUUCCUUCCUUGUGCUGGCUGUUGGCUUCAGUGGAUUUGCAAUUUCAGGGUUUAAUGUGAAUCAUCUUGAUAUUGCUCCACGUUAUGCCAGUAUCCUGAUGGGAAUCUCCAAUGGAGUGGGAACUUUGUCAGGAAUGGUGUGUCCUCUCAUAGUUGGAGCGAUGACCAAACAUAAGACACGUGAAGAGUGGCAAUAUGUCUUCCUCAUUGCAGCACUGGUGCAUUAUGGGGGUGUGAUCUUUUAUGGGAUCUUUGCAUCAGGUGAGAAGCAGCCAUGGGCGGAUGCUGAGAAUACCAGUGAGGAGAAGUGUGGCAUUCUGGGAGAGGACGAACUGGCCAAUGAAACAGAAGAGCUGUACAGGACUGGUGGACAGUAUGGGGCUAUAAACAACCCCCAUGCUGGGGGUCCGAACGGAGGAGGUGCUGGGGCAGGAUGGGUAUCAGAUUGGGAUAAACCAGAAGAAUAUACUCAACCAGUCGAGACAAAUAGUUAUUUACAUGCCAGAGAGGGAGAGAGAAAGAGAGCUCACAUACAGUAGUGGGAAGAAACAGAGUCGAUGUUUAAGAGUAAGAGGAAUAAAGAUCCAUGCAGAGUGAAUAAAUCGACACAGUGAGUGAGCGAAUGUGUGAAUAAACAAGCGAGUGUCCAAACUGAUGAUAAACUGAUAAUGUGAUGAUUGUUCUAUAAACCUACACACAGAAGAUGUGAGUCAUUUGUGUGUCAGAUUGAGAAAACAGUGGCGCUCUGUGAAUUAUAUGUUCAGUAUUAUAGGCUUCCUGCCAAAAUCACUGUAAUGCACUUAAAAUGACACAGUGAUGUUAGACAUGUUUAUGGUUGUGGUGUACGAGUAUACAGUAUAUGAGCUUUUGUGUGUGUGUGUGUGUGCUCAUGGUGAGUGUGUGUGUAAGUUUCCGUACUGUGCUCAGUUCCUUUUGUUUUAUCCAGUGCUUUAAAUGGUUUAAAAGGGUUCAAGCAAAUCUGUGGAUGUUUAGAUAUUCAUUCGAUCAUAAGUUUGUGCACUUAUAUCCUUAUAGCCCAUAUCCUUAAAGGGACAGUCACCGAAAAAGAAAAUUCUGUCAUUAUUUUCUCUUUAUGUGGUUUAUAAGUUUGUUUAUAUAUGUGUGUGUGUAUGUGUGUGUGUUAAAUAUUUUAAUAUAUUUUAGAAAUUAGGUUUAAUACAUUUUGGGCUAAACUAGUCCUUUAAACAUGACUGAAUGUGUGUGUGAGUUUAAACCACCCAGAUAUUCAUCAUUGGGUGAGUGCGAAAGUGUGUUUUCAUCCUUUGAUGUACUAUAUUACUCAGAUAUACACAUUUUCACAAGCUUACACACAGUACAUGCACACAUAUUCAAUAAAUCUGUGGAUAAAUCUGUUUUUUGCAUGUUGAAGUUUUACUGAUAUUACUACCAGGUAAAUUAAUAGUCAUUUACACAGUGUAUUUACAUUUAUGCAUUUGCAGAUGAUUUUUUAAUCCAAAACUAUAGAUGGGAAUGGAACCCAUGACAUUGGCAUUGCUGAUACCACACUCUGUUGUUUGAGCUACAUGAAUGCCAAGAGUCCAAAUAUACAGACACACACAAACACAGAAAUAAACAAAAUCCCAGGUGAAAUACAAGGAGGAAGUGCCGACAUUCUGAGACUCUAGAUCAGUGUGGGAAAUUGAUAAAUUGUAAUCUCAGUUUAUGCAGAUUUCUUCUCAUCAUGUGCAUCCGUUUAGAGGCCAUUCAGUCAGAGUGAAGGAAGAAUUUAGGGAACCACUCAGUCUGAUUCUGCCCCAUAAUUUGAUGUUAUUCUGCUUAAUGUGUGUUUUUUUUUUUUUUUUUUUUUUUGCACUUCUUUUCUGAACAUUGAAUUCGUUUCUUUCAUAUUUUGUUUUCCUAAACGUAACUUGACUUCUCAUCACAAUAUCCCUUUGGAGAAAAAAUAAAUAUAAUAAUAUAAAUAAUAAUAACAUGAUAACAAUAAUAAAAAGAUGUACAAAUUGUAUAUGUGAAGAAUCCCUGUGUACAAUUAAACGAAUUCAGUGUA